AUGUCGAACUGCGUAAAAUCGAGUGACCAGUUCACUUACGCCGAAUGGAAGGCCAACCAAAUGAACGUUUUGUUGGGGGCCGAGCUAGACAGGGCCUCGGCCGAAAGGCUGACAAACGAAACGAAACGAUACAUCGACGAGAUGAGGCAAGCCAGUCAGCAUUCUGAUCAGAGAGCUGAGUUCUCACAGGAAAGAAGAAUGGAAGAAGUUCGAUACUGGCAGAACGAGUUAAACAUGAAACUCGAUCAAAUCAAGCUAGCCAUCAAUGAUCUCUCGUCCAUUGAUAGGCGGUUGGACAAAGCAAUGGACUCUAUCAAAGAGAAUUGUCACAUCGUUCAUAAGUGCCUGGAAGCACGCAAGAGAAGAAAGAGAAUUUAUUUGGUGUACGAUCCGGCCGAGAAGCAGUUGUGCAAGGAACGUGAAAUCAUCGAAGGGGUGCUGGCCCUACACUGCAAAACUAAAUCACAAGUUAAUGACCAGUUACGUCUUUUGCGUAAACUUCGCCACGACAUCGAGAAGGAUGUUCUGAUGAAGCUGACGAACUUCGAUGUCGAAAUGGAAAGUAGCGAAAUCAGGGCUAAAAAAGCGGCAAUUGCGGCUUAUAACUACGACCCGAAUUGUGAAGGUGCCGAAUUAUGUCCCUGCAAACUAGAAGGACACUGUUGCCAAAAGACGAAGAAACCUGGCGGGCUGUCCUCGAUCUCUGAUUGGCUGACGCAAGUGAAAUCGGUGCAUACAGAGGCGGAGAAGCAGCGACAGAACGCGGCAAAUCUUACCUCAAUUGCCGACAGUAGCCUCAAACAAACUAAAGACGACCUGCAAAAUAUCAAAGUGGCUACUGAUGACGCUUUCAGGGAGAGGAUUUAUGAGUUGAGAGACCACAAGGCUAAAAUGGAGGAUCAUCUCCAGAAAGUGGUAAAACAGAUCCAAGAGAUGGAGACAACCUCACAGUCACUCAUCAACGAGAUCAACAUUUACACAAAGAAGUUAACUUUUGAGCAGUCCAAGAUUCAACCCCUCCAAAAUUGCCCUCAGAAUCUGUUGGACAGUGAGGAGGUCCUGGUUACCAACUACUGUACCAAUAAGGGCAAUGUUGAGAAGUUGAAGGACAACCUGGCCUGUGUGCAGUGCUCUCUUAAGAGUUUGCAAUGUCGUAAGGUGGAGGUUGAGAGCGACCUGAAGUUAUGCACGGAGGCACUGACCAUCGACGAUUACGAAUGUCUUCCUAUGAGACAGUCCAUCAAAUACUUUCUGUACUAG